UUGGUACCGGGACAGUUCAUACAACUACAUUACAAGGCCGUCAACCUCUCUUUGUUAAACCGGGAAAAAUCUAAACAAUUCGUUGACGACGGAAGAAAUGUUCCGAGUAACGUUUUUGGCGUUCGUGCUGAUUGGAAUGACCAAUCAAUACAGAGUAAUUUAUUGCGCUCCCACACCUGAUGGCAAUAACGAACUUUCUGAACCUAAAAUGACCAAGACAACGUAUGGCAGCAGCAGGGAUCCGAUUGGAGAAAUGCCUGGCGAACCCCUCAGCCCAGCAGAUUUUCAAAAUGCAAAGGAAUUGGUUCUGGGGCCGAAUUUUCAAGAUUUGGUUGACGGUAGUCCAAACGGACUGGGUGGCCAGAAAGGCCUUUUUGAAGGCGACAUUGUCGGCGUGUUAGCUAAAGAAACGGCCACAGUAACAGGACGACAAAAAGGGACAAAGCUGAACAGUGCCGUCGUCGACGUGACCCUAACCUGGCCAUCUGGUACAAUACCGUACGUGAUUUCAGCAUCUUUCGGAAAACGCGAACGAACUUUAAUCGCCAAGGCCAUUCUUGAGUUUCACAACAAAACGUGUCUUCGUUUUGUACCACGUACGAACCAGGAUGACUACAUCAAUAUCUUAAAUGCAAAUGGAUGUAGCAGCAACGUCGGUCGUGCAGGUGGAGAACAGCAAGUCUCUUUGGGCAUGGGAUGUUUCUACGUCGGCAUCAUCAUGCACGAAUUAAUGCACGCCGUUGGGUUCUGGCAUGAGCAAAGUCGUACCGAUCGCGAUGACCACGUCAUAAUCCACUGGGAAAACAUAAUGAAAGGGAUGGCAUACAAUUUCCAGAAAUAUGAUCAAGGCCGCAUCCAAUAUCUUGGUCUACCCUACGAUACAGGUUCCAUUAUGCACUACGACGCUUACGCGUUUGCUGAAGACAAGCGCUACCCUACGAUUACAUCUAAGAAGAGCGACGAGCAACUAGGACAGCGAAAUGGGUUUAGUGAUGCGGACGUGUUAAAGUUGAACCGGUUGUACAAAUGUGAAACAAAUUCGAGCGAAGAAACGUCAGUUACAACUUCGCCUGCUGCCACUCGGUUGAAACCAACUCCAGACAAAGGAAAGUCUACAAAUGGAUGCCUAGACGACCACAAAUAUUGCAAGAUUUGGACAGAGAGAGGAGAAUGCGCAAGAAAUUCUUGGAUGGCAAACCACUGCCGCAAUUCUUGCAAUCAAUGCGAUGGCCAGUGUAGUAAUUUGAACGACAAUUGCAUCCAAUGGGCCCAAUCGGCGAGUGUCAAAAGAAUAGUCCAUACAUGAAAAUCUAUUGUCGCAAAUCUUGCCAUUUGUGUGACGACACAGAUAGAUCUGAUUGCGUCGACGACGAUCGUUUGUGCCCCGUAUGGGCGGCAAGGGAUGGCUGCAAGGCCAAUUCGAAUUUCAUGCAACUACACUGCAGGAAAUCGUGUGGUGAAUGCUAACAUCCUACUUUCACUGAAAAGAUUAUUAUCUUCAUGACAUUUCUCUCUUCGAAGACUCCACUGCCAAAUCAGU